UCUUCCGUUCUCAGCAGGGUGAGUCUGUGUGUCAGAGGGUGCCUGCACUCUGUCCAAUCCACCAGCAAAUCACUCUGAACUCACCACGUGCUGUGUCCACGACCUCCUCAAUCCUUCGGGUGCUAGGCAGCUGUUCAUCCCUCACUGGAAUACUCCAGUAAGUUUUCCUACCUCCCUGCUUUCAAAAGUCUUGUUAAAUUUUCUUUCCCUGCCCUUCACUGUGUUGCAUUCUCAGUUAACAUCCCAGAGAUGUGUCCUCUCUAUAUGAGAAGCCAAUGUGUUGUUAAUUAUAAAUAUUGCCAGGGGUGCGGACUUCAACAAACAGGAUAAUUAGGGCCGGACGAUAAACGCCGGCUGGCCCACAACAACUGGCCCUUUCCCCCAAGUAAACCUGCCAAGGCGCGGCUGGCCCACAACAACCGGCCCUUUCCCCCAAGUAAACCUGCCAAGGCGCGGCUGGCUCCCCUCCACCGAUUGUGAACAAGCCGUGAGGCACCAAACGCCCCUCACCCAACAACAAACUGAUCAAUGGGAACCGCGUCCUUCCACGCCGACCAAUUGAACGCGGCGUUUCUUCACCCCGCCGCCUCGGGGCGGACAGAAGGAGGGCGCUGAUUGGCUCCGGGGAGUUACCUUCGAACGUUCGCAACAGCAAUCGGCUACAGUGGUUGCCAGUCAACCCUUUGUGACGUCAGGGCGGCGGACACUUUGUAGCCGCGCCGAGUGUUGGUUACACAAUCGUCAGGUGUCUCCUCCUCCGGCCGAGACGCACCAGCCCAGCGCUCUUCCCCCAUCCGCCGCUCGGACCCGACUCGCUCCGGUAUCUGCCAUGGCCCUGAUCAAAGCGACUCGGAAGCUCCUGACCACCGCCAGGUUCUCGGCAGCGGUCGGUUCCUUUCGGGCACAGGGCACGGCGAAGGCACUGAGAGAGAGAAAUGAAAAAUUUGAAGAGAUGAAAACCUCAAAGUCGGCCGGUGUCCAGUUUGACUGGCGAGAUGCCCUUAACCUGGAGGGCCAGCUGACAGAGGAGGAGAUCCUGAUCAGAGACACUUUUCGUGCGUAUUGCCAGGCAAAGCUGAUGCCCAGGAUUCUCAUGGCAAACCGAAAUGAAGUGUUUCACCGUGAAAUUCUACAGGAGAUGGGAGAGUUGGGAGUAUUGGGCUCCACAAUUAAAGGUUACGGGUGCGCAGGGACCUCGUACGUGUCCUACGGACUGAUUGCACGGGAAGUGGAGCGGGUGGACAGCAGCUACCGCUCAGUGAUGAGUGUCCAGUCCUCCCUCGUCAUGCAUCCGAUUGCCACUUAUGGCACAGAAGCACAGAAGCAACUCUACCUUCCAAAGCUCGCCAAAGGGGAAUUACUCGGUUGCUUUGGUCUAACGGAACCAAACCAUGGAAGUGAUCCUUCGAGCAUGGAAACCAGGGCAAGGUUCAACCCCAGCAGCAACACCUACACCCUGAACGGAUCAAAGACCUGGAUUACCAACUCACCGAUGGCUGACAUCUGUGUGGUCUGGGCCAAGUGCGACGAUGGGAAGGUACGAGGUUUCCUGCUGGAGAAGGGCACGAAGGGUCUGACCACACCCAAAAUCGAGGGCAAGUUUUCACUGCGGGCCUCGUCCACUGGGAUGAUUCUGAUGGAGGAUGUUGAAGUCCCUGCAGAAAACCUGCUGCCCAAUGUGGUGGGACUCAGGGGUCCCUUUGGGUGCCUGAACAAUGCACGGUAUGGAAUUGCCUGGGGUGCCCUGGGAGCUGCAGAGUUCUGUCUGGAAACUGCUCGGCAGUAUGCCUUGGACAGGAUUCAGUUUGGGGUUCCUCUUGCUCGUAACCAGCUCAUCCAGAAGAAACUGGCAGACAUGUUGACGGAGAUCACGCUGGGACUCCAAGCCUGUGUUCAGCUGGGCCAUUUAAAGGAUGAAGAUAAAGCCACGCCUGAAAUGAUCUCGAUGCUAAAACGAAAUUCCUGCGGGAAGGCUCUGGAUAUUGCUCGGCAUGCUCGCGACAUACUGGGCGGAAAUGGAAUUUCCGAUGAGUACCACGUGAUUCGGCACGUCAUGAAUCUGGAGGCUGUGAACACGUAUGAAGGUACUCAUGACAUCCACGCGCUGAUUCUUGGAAAAGCGAUCACAGGCCUGCAGUCUUUCACAGUACAGAAAUAAUCCCAAUUAUUCAGCUAAGUGACUAAUGGAAAAACAGCACCUUGUCAAUUGUUUGUCUAGAUUCAUAUCACUGGUUAAGAUGGGUUGUCCAUGUGCUGACAUCUGUAAGCUUUCUAAACACUACUAUAGAACCUUGAGCCCAUGGAGCUUGUUUGAAAGAGCUCGGUAAUUAAUGCUCUUUGCCGUUACCUCAUAAUUGUCUCUCCUUCAAAUAUUUAUUCAGUUUAUUUUUGAAGGUUACUAUUGAAAACAUUUCCAUUGUGCUUUUCCACUUCAUAACUAGCUGUGAUUUUUAAACAAAAGUCUAAUCUCCUCCCUGUUUCUUUUGACAUUUAAUUUAAAUCCAACAUUUACUGCAUGGAAAUAUCACAGAGGCAGCCAUCUGACAGCUGCGUUGGUUCUUUUACUGGAGCUUUUCAGGACUGCUUCCGCUGUGUUUCCCCAUAUCCUCCUCUUUCAAAGUGAACAACAAAAGUAGCAGGCAUUUGAAUUUACUGCUUUUGAGCCAAUAAUUUGGAAGUUAUACCUUGUUAUUUACUUGAAUCCUGACCCCUUCUUUAAACUCACUUGAGUCUCCUGAAUUUGUUUGUGCAGGAUGUCAUGAGUUUGAUCACCAAAGUUAAAAUAUUCCCAGAGAAUGUGAAUUUUCACUCUUCUGAGAAAGACUUCACACUAUAUCAACCGGCUGCUUAAAUACCCAUUAUAUGCCUCCAUCUGUGCCUUCAUUUUUAAAUAGACACCUGGCUGCCCUCAAACACAAGUUAUAAAUUAUGUUGGUUCCUCUGACAACAAUGCACAUCUUUAUAACAUAAUGGGGGAGGUGUCACUUGUAUUACUUGUUAACAGAUCUUAGAUUGCACAUUAAAAACUAGAGAUUAGUGAUCGUAUCUUCCAAUUCAAAGAAUGAAUUCUGCCAUCCCAUGUAACAAACCUAGGUUGUCACACACUACUGGCCCUGAUUACAGGAAACGGUUGCCAAUGUAAACCUUAUUGGUUUGGAGAGUACUGGGGUGGGUGGAGAAGAGGGAACUACAUUAAUUUCUCCUCUUCCCUCCACCCCCAAAUCUCUUAACAGGGGAUUUAGUAAAGUUACAUAUUUCCAUCUGAUAAAUUUCUGAAAUGUGAAUCAUUUGGUGUGUAAUCACAUUGACAGGAGAUCUUGCUGAGCCAGCUUGAUUCAAUAUUAGAAUGGGGAAGGGCAGGUUUUUAUUUUGGAUGUGUAGCUGGCAAGGUCAUAAUUUGUCAUCUAUCCCUAACUGCCCUUGAAUGUAGUAGCUAGCCACCUCCUUACACUGCAACAGUCCAUGUGGUGAAGGUCCUCCCACAGCACUGUUGGGUAAGAAGUUCUAGCAUUAAGUUCUAGCAUUUAGCUGGUGAAACUCCAGCCAUCAUACCUUGCACAGUAGGAACAUCACUGAGCUCUGUCUCUAUGGAUCUUUGUUAAAUGGAGUCCCUCAACAGAUGUACAUUCAUGUCAGACAAACAAAGACUGCCCAUGUGGAUUUAUGGUUGCUGGACAUGGAGACUUCUAAACCUGACAAUGGGCGUUUGGUUACGGCAGUCCCCUUGCUUAUCAAAGUAAAGCUGCAUGUGGAAUGCUUUGUGAACACGUUGCCUCUGUGACUGCCUAACCUGACUCCUACCUUUUAGAGAUCUGAGAAUUGAAGUUCAUUGACAAUUUUAUACAAUGUAAAGAAAACACUUCUCUGUGGUUAUUCACCAACCAAUUAAAUUUAUCCUUGCCAACCUGCUGCAAAGUCCCUCUUACCUAAGAUUUCUCUGUGGUCUGUUUCCACACACAGAUGUAUAGAAGCUCCACAGUCUCUUUUGUUCUUAAACCUUUUCCUUCUGGGGAAAAAUGGCUUGCCUCCAAUAGCCACUCCCUUUCUUGGAUAACAAGUGCUGACUACAUGUAAAGCUGUGCACUGGCUGGCUCACAGCAUGUCGGAGCUUGAGCUACUGUUACUUCCCAUAAAAUUACUUACAUCUUCCUUCCAAAAUGUUGCUUGUAAAGCUACCUUUGUUUUUAUAAGCUAUAAAAUACAAGCCUAAAAUGGGGAUAACAUGCAGUGUGUGAUUUGGAAGAAAAUGUUCUUUUGUAAAUCUUGUACACAUAAUACAUUUCAGCAUGAUUUUGUUGAUCUGCAGAAGUAAUUAAUAAAAUCCUCUUUUGUAGAAAUGUUGCAUUCA